UUCGGAAUCGCUCGAGGUGUCACUACAACCGUCGUAACUCUUGGCUCCUCUCUUCUAACGCCUAUCACUCCCAUUCCACCGGGUGCAGGUCUCGUUAUCGCAUCCAGCAUUACCCACUCGCUUAAUCUCAUCGAGCAACUCGCCCUACUUCCACUCGACAUUGGCCAAGCGCUCACCUCGACCUCCCUCACUCUUGCCUCUUCCUCUAUCGACGUCCUCACCUCCAUGUUCGGAACACACGAAGCUUCAUUCUCUCUUGCCGAAUUCGUCACGCUUGUUCGACGCGAGUGGAAAGAUCCCGUGCUCAAAGAACGAUUGCCAGAGGAUAAAGACAAGUAUGGAGUGUUGAGUAUUGGGAAAGCACUCGUGGCGUGGGCAGCGCUGCAGUGUGCGACGAGAGGGUGGCAUGAAGAUCGGUGGAGGGCGAAUAUGCGCGAGAUUGGCGACGAGGAGUGGACAGAGGUCACGCCUCCACCACCGCCACCCAAGGAGAUGGAUGAGAGUGAAAAGAGGUCGUACUAUAACUCGUUUUCGUAUCGUAUGCGGAAUGCGAGUAUGAUCAGUCGGGGUUCACGCGUGUUUGUGCGCGAGGAUUUGCACUUGCCGGGACAGGGUGGCCAGAUUCUCAGUGCAGAAAUCGGCGAAAAGUGGGAUUCAAUGUUCCAGGAAGGAGCUCUCGAGGACUCGUCUGUGCAUAACCUCAAGAUGGGCGACAUACGAUUAAACUUGCGUCGGCUCUCCAAGAUUGUUCUCGGUGGAUACGGGGGUGCUUCUCUCCUCUUCUUCGGCGUUCCUUAUCCCGGUAAAGAAUCGGCAGCCGAUACGAACAAACCUCACAUUUCCAAAGGAAAGCCUCCACAAGCUCCGAAUGUCUCUGCCACUACCACAAAUGCUGAAGAUCUCAAAGAAGAGGAAGAAGUCAUCGCACAGUUGGUGCAUGACGCCGAUGAGGAAGAAAUGACGGGUGGCUCGUCAACCCUCGCGCAUAGCCGAACCGUCUCCAUGCAAUCCCGUUACCCAACUAGUCCCGCGCAACAAUACAACCCUAUACCCGGCCCUUCAAAUUUCAACACUCGUCAGCGAUAUCCCAGUUUAUCGACUGCUACUAUUUCCAAGGGUACGAAAAUAGGGGAUAUUUAUCCUAAUAGUCCAGGUGGGCGCGCCAUAACCAGAGGUGGAAAUGGAGGUACAAGUAGUGGAAGUGGUGGGACUGUACCAUUCCCAUCCGUCUCUACAACGGAACUACCUUCGUCUCCAACGUGGCCAACUCAACCAUCUAUUGCGUUCCCUUCGUCACCCACCGAAUCAAAUCCCAGUCCUCAAGCUACAAUAAAAGCGCCUUCCUGGUGGGAGAUUAUGAGUGGAAAGAGGGAUCAAGAAAUCUUUGAGGGAUUCGCCGCUGCGGCUAUUGCUGCUGGAGAGAUCAAGGAAGGGGCUCGAGAAGCUAAGAAAGAACUCAACAGAGCGCAUGCCGAGGUUCUGGGUGUUGACGGAUCAUACCCGUCGACAAGUCGUUCUGGUUAUCCGAGAGUUGACCAGGACCUCACUUGCGAACCAAUGGACUUUGAGCCAAAUGCUCCUCAAAGGAACCGAAGAGUCAGCACCGCGUCACUUCGUUCGCCCUACUUGGUACACAGUGGCAUGUAUAAGAUGGCCCAGGUUAUGGGCGGAACUGGAGGACCGGUACACAAUGCUGUACGGGUGGCUUUGAGAAGGAAUAGGGGAUACGGUAAGAGACAAAAAGACACCUUAUCACUCGAUUGA